AUGAACACCUCCACACUCUGCCUCCCCAUCAUCCUGGUUGCUGCCCUCUUUUUUCAGGCCCUUCCUGCUCCAUUGGGGUCUGGCACAACUUCGUGCUGCUUCAGCUACACCUCCCAAAAGCUGCCUCACAGUCAUGUGCAAGAGUUUUUCUACAGAAGCAAGUGUUCCCAGCCAGCAGUUGUGUUUGUGACCAGGAAGAAGCAGGAGAUUUGUGCUAACCCUGAUGCCAGGUGGGUGAAGGAAUACAUGAACAGCCUGGAGCUGCAGUGA